UUGGCUCAAGCAUUUGCGAAGAAAAGAACCUAGUUAUGCUGCGUGAUGCUCCUGAACUGGAUCAAUCCCCGUACCUUUUUGGAAGAGCCAAGCUUCCGCAAAUCGAAAUGGACCCAAGCCAACCUCGGUCAGCGAGCCAACCUCGAUCGUCCACCUUCGAAAUGGACGUGGCGGCCGGCGCCGGAGGCAGUGCUUUGCCGGUGUGCCAGGUGCCAGAGAGCUGUACGACCCUGAGACGGAACUUGGUGAUGUGUUGAGAUGUCUUUUUCCGAGGUCAACAAAAUGAGGAUUGCACAUUGCAGAUGACGUGGUUUCAAUCCACAUGUUUGGCCAAUUUAUAUGCAGGAAAUGGUUUGUUGGUUGAACAAAUGUUUGCCUUAAACAUAAUAUACGCGUGCAGGAAAAUUUGCAGGAUGUGUUUUGUUGGUUUGCCAGGAUCAGAACAACAUCCUGGUCUCUUCAGUGCAACGACUCACCCUCCGUUUCGCAUCUGCGAUCAGGGCGAUGUUUGGUUGGAUGCCUGGUCGUGUUGGGCAGGUUUCGCCUGCAAGAACGGUCAAAGGAGAUCUGGCGGAGGAGUUUGCAAGCUCGAGGAGAAGAGAGGUGGGACCCAACGGCGCGGCUCAAUCCGCAGGAUUCUCCCUCUAUCUCAAGAACAUGCAAGUAGAUAGUAUGUCCCUGUGGAACUUUGGAACACGAUUUCCUCUACAAGCACAUCUACAGUAUAUGUCGCAGGGGGAUGGGUUAAAGCACCCAUCACUUGUUGGGUUGUUCAGCAUGGUGUAACCUCCGACUUGGGGAUGUUGGAAGGAUAAAAUCUUGCUGCAAGCGCCUUUGUUUGCUGCUGAGAGCUUUUUUGCUUUGCAGUUCACAUAGCACUGUAGGAAGUCAGCUACCUGGGCAGGAUACGUACCUAUUUGGAAGAGGAAGCCACCAAACAAGGGUUCCGGCGAUUCAUCUCAAGGUCCAAAGGCGCUGUGGAAGGAACCGAUGAAUUGGUGCAGAAGCUGUGCGAAGCAGAGACUGAAAGACACCUGGAUGUGACAGCAGGAGUUGUGGGGUCAAUGCAAGCGUAUAUAUAGUGUUGGGCAACGACCAGUCCAAGGAAAUCUUGAGGCCUCUCUUGAAUCCAUGCUGCUACCGGAAGUGAGGCGCUCCAAGGCAAUCCUUCAGCAGGUUUUGAGGAAAUUGUCCGAGCAAAAACGAGCGAAUCUGUUGUAUGCUACUUUGAAGACCAUCGAGGAAGAUGGCGGCAUAAAGUUAGAAGACUCCAACUGUACAGUUGGCAUAUCAACCUGCGCGAGGGCAAAAAUGUGGCAGCAAGCCUUGAAGUUGUUGGAGGUCAUGCCCGAGAUGAAACUUCAACCCAAUGUGAUCAGCUACAAUGCGACCAUCAGUGCCUGUGAGAAGGGCGGGCAAUGGCCACAAGCCUUGAAGUUGUUGGAGGCCAUGCGCGAGAUGAAAGUUCAGCCCAAUGUGAUCAGCUACAGUGCGGCCAUCAGUGCCUGUGAGAAGGGCGGGCAAUGGCCGCAGGCCUUGAAGUUGUUUGAGGCCAUGCGCAAGGGGAAAGUUUCGCUCGACGUGAUCAGCUACAAUGCGACCAUCAGUGCCUGUGAGAAGGGCAGGCAAUGGCCGCAAGCUUUGAAGUUGUUGGAGGCCAUGCCCGAGAUGAAACUUUUGCCCAAUGUGAUCAGCUACAGUGCGGCCAUCAGUGCUUGUGAGAAGGGCGGGCAAUGGCCACAAGCCUUGAAGUUGUUGGAGGCCAUGCGCGAAAUGAAGGUUCAGCCCAAUGUGAUCAGCUACAGUGCAGCCAUCAGUGCCUGUGAGAAGGAAGGGCAAUGGCCACAAGCCUUGAAGUUGUUGGAGGUCAUGCCCGAGAUGAAACUUCAGCCCAAUGUGAUCAGCUACAAUGCGACCAUCAGUGCCUGUGAGAAGGGCGGGCAAUGGCGGCAGGCCUUGAUGUUGUUUGAGGCAAUGCGCAAGGGGAAAGUUGCGCUCGACGUGAUCAGCUGCAAUGCGACCAUCAGUUCCUGUGAGAAGGGCGGGCAAUGGCCGCAAGCCUUGAAGUUGUUGGAGGCCAUGCCCGAGAUGAAACUUCAGCCCAAUGUGAUCAGCUACAGUGCGGCCAUCAGUGCCUGUGAGAAGGGCGGGCAAUGGCCACAAGCCUUGAAGUUGUUGGAGGCCAUGCGCGAGAUGAAAGUUCAGCCCAAUGUGAUCAGCUACGAUGCGGCCAUCAGUGCCUGUGAGAAGGGCGGGCAAUGGCGGCAAGCCUUGAAGUUAUUUGAGGCCAUGCGCAAGGGGAAAGUUUCGCUCGACGUGAUCAGCUACAAUGCGGCCAUCAGUGCCUGUGAGAAGGGCGGGCAUUUGCGGCAAGCCUUGAAGUUGUUGGAGGCCAUGCGCGAGGCCAUGCGCACUGCUGCAACCAGCUUCAAUCGAUAAGUUCGCUUGGCGACAGGCAUGCCACCAGCCUAUCAGAUGAAGCAGCGACCUUCUCUUGGAAGAUUAAUAUUCUUUGAGUUCCAUCCAGCCAUCGCAGAAGACCAGGCUACAUGUGAUUGAAGGUUUGAAGUUCCCCAAGGCAUCUGACCACUUAGCCCAUGAUCCACGUGCCGCAAGACAG